AUGCUGAAAGUAUUCCGCUUGCUUACUGGUGUAACAGAANGAAACGGGAAGGGUCUGAUUGCUGGAGCUUGUAUCGGCAUCCUGGCUGCUGCAAUCGUCGUCUUCACUAUCGUCCAUUUCUUGAUCAAGCUGCGCGAGUGGAUCACCGAGACCAAACUUGGGCUCUACGGAAACUUGUCUACCCGUAAUGGCAGAUUGAUCAAGAGCCAGACCCACGAGACUGUUGAGCUGAACAACAUCAGAACUAAGGAUUCCGCAGUCUAG